AUGCGAGCACUUCACAGUCCUGCCGUCGCUCCAAUUGAGAUGACAAAUGGGAAUUUUAGAAGACUGGAAGUUUGUCAAAAUUGUGGAAAUGGAAAUUCCAAAGAGGAAAUUCUGACAGAAACUGCCAUCGAAUCUGCACUCAUCUCCCUAUGUCCAGAGCGAAAUUUGUAUUCUUCAAAUCAACAUCUUUCUCGUUCUCAAGGAUCUACUAUUCACGAGAAAGACUGGGAUCUUCAUCCCGAUGCCGUUGUGAUCUGCACGGCAUGCGAUUCUUUGAACUCUUCAAAUGUUCGUUACUAUGACAACUGUGACGAUGUGAUCAUGCGAAACGAAAAUGUAGAAGUUGGGUCACACGAUACGUUGAUGAGAAAUCAAGAAGAAUAUGAGUUUAUUGAUGUGGGAGAAAGAAGUGGAGUGAUUAUAGAAGAAAUUGAGGAUGAAGAGGAUUCUCAAGUCAACCGAAUUGUUCAUAAUAAUGAAUGGGAUGAUGUACCAGUGAAAGGAAUGCUGAUGGAAAGCAACAGUGAGAGCUUUGAGAUGGUGGUUGUGCAAAGAAGCCAAGAGGUCGUAUCUGCUGAACGGGUAGAGGCCGUAGAAACACUUCAAGACACCUCAAUUCCCUGUGAAUCUGUUGUUAUUUCGGAAGUAUCAGAAAUUGAGACUCUUGCCAUUACAGAAGUGCCUAUCGUCUGUCAGAAGCUUCCAGUAUUCCCACAGAGUCAAGCGGUAAAUAUUCAAGAGCCUGCACAGGCAAUGAAUUCACUUAGUCCUCCUUCAACUGAAAAUUCUCAAUCUAUCUGGAGCCUCAGAAAACUCGACUCUGAAACCGUUCCUAAAGUUCUAACUCCAGAUGAUUACCGAAAAGAGCAGCAAGAUGCUCGUCGCGAAUCCUAUGUGACCCCUCUCGAAGAUCUCUAUAAAAAAUAUAAUCACGAGCCAAUCCUCCAAAAUGGUAUUAUCCGAGUCAUUCAUACUCCACCACCCCCACGUCGUUUUUCCACAUUCGGACAUUUGCGAAGAACGUCUUCGUGUGGAACUAUUGAAACUUAUGGCGAUGCAUUAAAACGACGACCAUUUUGGUAUAUUGAAGAGAACUCAUCAAUGACAACUGUUGAUGAAGUAGAAGUUGGAGCUCCUAAUGUAAUUGAAAUAGAGGAAACUGUUUCUACUAAUAGAUCUGGAUGCUUUCCGAUGUUAUGGAAUUUCUUUACUUGCAAAUGGGCAGAUAAGGGAGUUGAAUUGGCCGAGGCCAACGACACUGUUACUGAAGUCAAGAAAGCUGUGUCGAGUGCGAGCAACCGCGGACGUCUUGCUCGUAGAAUGACCAUUGAGGAAGAGCACGCUGGAGACUAUUUCAAUUAUGAAAACAACUAUUUUGUCUUUGUGAAAGCGAGGAGCGUUACUUCGGUGCUCAAGUACAGUAACGCUAAGUUGAUAAGACUAGCGAUGGGAGUCUGUUUCGUUGUCGUUGCAAACCCUCCAGUCAAAACGGGCGCAUUAACUACUAAAACUUGCGAGCAUUCGGAGCACGAAGCGGCUCAGCCGCCUCAGCCAAAGGAGCCAUCCCACAAAGGGACUCAGGCAUCCGCCGAAUCGCCGCCCAAGAAGUUUUUGAUCACACCUCCUCCAUCGUCACCACCGACGCCUCCAUCGGAAUCUGUUUCUGGUUCUCCAUCUGUUCCACAGAUUCCACAGAUUAAAGCUAUAAAUCUAUUGGCACCAUCUGUUUUCGCCACUGAGAAUCAAAAAAAUAUCAAAUCCCAAUCGACUUCUUCAUUCCGCGAACUUUUUUCCUACGCCGCACCAGUUUCUGAAGGCCCGUGGGAUUCUGACGAAGACAACGAAGAUUCGGAUAUCCUGUGUACACGGAGUGACCGAAGAAGUGUAAUGAGUGACGAUUCAUUCCAAAAAGAGCUCGAUGCAGCCGCUUAUGAUAAGCAGGAGCAGAAACUCGCCGCCAUUCCGGCCACUACUCAUAUGGAGCAUUUGUGUCGUUUAGACAUUCGUGAAGCACCACAUCUCGUUCGUCAAACCGGAAUCAUUUGCACAAUUGGACCAGCAUGUGCAAGCGUUGAUAUGUUGCAGAAGAUGAUUCUCAACGGAAUGAAUAUUGCUCGUCUCAAUUUCUCUCACGGAUCUCAUGAGUACCACGCUGGAACCAUCGCUAAUGUUCGUGAAGCAGCUGACUCAUUCUCAGACAAACGUGUCAUCGGUAUCGCUUUGGACACCAAGGGACCGGAAAUCCGUACUGGACUCUUGGCAGGUGGAGCAUCUGCUGAAAUUGAACUCAAGAAGGGAGCAUCGAUCCGUUUGACGACUGAUCAACACUUCUCUGAGUCCGGAACUGCCAUUAAUCUCUUUGUUGAUUAUAAGAAUAUCUCCAAGGUUUUGGAAGUCGGAUCACGUGUGUACAUCGAUGAUGGACUCAUUUCAUUGAUUGUUGAAGAAUGCCAAGAGGACGCUGUUGUCUGUCAAGUUGAAAAUGGUGGCAUGUUGGGAAGUCGUAAAGGUGUCAAUCUCCCAGGAACUAUUGUCGAUUUGCCAGCAGUGUCUGAAAAAGAUAUCAAGGAUUUACAAUUCGGAGUUGAGCAAGGUGUUGAUAUCAUCUUCGCUUCUUUCAUCCGUAACGCCGAAGGAAUUCGCACAAUCCGUAAAGUUCUUGGAGAGAAAGGAAAGAAGAUCAAGAUUAUUGCAAAGAUUGAGAACCAAGAAGGAGUUGAUAAUGCUGAUGAAAUCAUCACCGAAUCUGACGGAGUUAUGGUUGCUCGUGGAGAUCUCGGAAUCGAGAUUCCUGCAGAGAAGGUGUUCUUGGCUCAAAAGAUGCUCAUCUCCAAAUGUAACCGUGCUGGAAAGCCGGUCAUCUGUGCCACCCAAAUGCUCGAAUCAAUGGUUCACAAGCCACGUCCAACAAGAGCGGAAGGAUCCGAUGUUGCCAAUGCCGUUCUCGACGGAGCUGAUUGCGUGAUGUUGUCCGGAGAGACAGCAAAAGGAGAUUAUCCAAUUGAUGCACUUAAGAUCAUGCAUUACAUCUGCAAAGAAGCCGAAGCAGCCGUCUACCAUCGUCGUAUCUUCGAUGAACUUCUCCAAAGUACUCCAAAACCAACUGAUAUGUCUCAUACAAUCGCAAUUGCUGCCACUUCUGCUGCUGCAUCUUGCCAUGCAUCAGCUAUCCUUCUGAUCACUACAACCGGUCGUUCGGCUAUCCAAUGCUCUCGUUACAAGCCAGCUGUUCCAAUCUUGACCAUCUCAAGAGAUGUUGCCGUUUGUCGUCAACUCCAUCUCUACAGAGGUGUCUUCCCAGUUCAUUAUCAAUCUGAACGUGCUGCUGAUUGGCCAACUGAUGUCGACAACAGAAUCAACCAUGCUAUCGCUAUUGGAAAGGACCGUGGGUUCAUUCAUCGUGGAGAUUUCCUCGUUGUUGUCACUGGAUGGAGACAAGGAGCCGGAGCUACCAACACUCUCCGCAUCAUCACUGCUGAAUAG